CGUGGCCACCUGGGAGGGUCUCCCCCGUGCCCCAGGCCGGAGAAACCCCCGGUUGUGUUUACGGGGCUGUGCAACUGUACCGGCUCCCGGCAUGAGAAAGCGAGCCAGUAUGGAAAUCCUCUAAAUAAGUACAUUAGACAUUAUGAAGGGUUGUCUUACGAUGUGGAUUUGUUACACCAAAAACACCAGCGUGCCAAAAGAGCAGUAUCACAUGAGGAUCAGUUCUUGCACCUAGAUUUUCAUGCUCAUGGAAGACACUUCAACCUUCGAAUGAAGAGAGAUACAUCUCUUUUUAGUGAUGACUUUAAAGUAGAAAUAUCAAACCAAGUAAUUGAUUAUGAUACCUCUCAUAUUUACACUGGACACAUUUAUGGUGAGCAGGGAAGUUUUAGCCAUGGGUCUGUUAUUGAUGGAAAAUUUGAAGGAUUCAUCCAAACUCACAGUGGGACCUUUUAUAUUGAGCCGGCAGAGAGAUAUAUUAAGGACAAAACUCUACCGUUCCACUCUGUCAUUUAUCAUGAAGAUGAUAUCAAAUAUCCACAUAAAUACGGACCCCAAGGAGGCUGUGCAGAUCAUUCGGUAUUUGAAAGAAUGCAGAAGUACCAGAUGACUGGUAUAGAAGAACCAACAACAGAGAAGCCUGUUGAAGAGCCUAAGAACAAUGGUCCACAACUUUUAAGAAAAAAGCGUGCCGCUCAGGCUGAAAAAAAUACAUGUCAGCUGUAUAUUCAGACUGAUCACCUGUUCUACAAGCAUUAUGGAACAAGGGAAGCCGUAAUUGCACAGAUAUCCAGCCACGUUAAAGCAAUUGACACAAUUUACCAGUCAACAGAUUUCUCAGGAAUUCGUAACAUCAGCUUCAUGGUGAAACGAAUAAGAAUCAACACAACUGUAGAUGAGAAGGACUCUUCCAAUCCCUUCAGAUUUCCUAACAUUGGUGUGGAAAAGUUUCUGGAACUGAACUCUGAACAGAAUCAUGACGAUUAUUGCUUGGCCUAUGUGUUUACAGACCGUGAUUUUGACGAUGGAGUCCUUGGUCUGGCUUGGGUUGGAGCCCCUUCAGGGAGCUCUGGUGGAAUAUGUGAAAAGAGCAAGCUGUACUCUGAUGGUAAGAAGAAGUCUUUGAACACUGGAAUCAUCACUGUUCAGAACUAUGGCUCCCAUGUUCCUCCCAAGGUUUCUCACAUUACUUUUGCUCAUGAGGUUGGGCAUAACUUUGGUUCACCUCAUGAUUCUGGAAUGGAGUGCACUCCAGGAGAGUCCAAGAACUUGGGACAGAAAGAAAAUGGCAACUAUAUCAUGUAUGCAAGAGCUACAUCUGGGGAUAAACUUAACAACAACAAGUUCUCUGUCUGUAGCAUUCGAAAUAUCAGCCAAGUUCUUGAGAAAAAGAGAAAUAAUUGUUUUGUUGAAUCUGGUCAACCCAUCUGUGGUAAUGGAUUGGUUGAACAAGGAGAACAGUGUGACUGUGGAUACAGUGACCAGUGCAAAGAUGAAUGCUGCUAUGAUGCAAACCAACCAGAAGAUAAAAAAUGCAAGUUAAGACCAGGCAAACAGUGCAGCCCUAGUCAAGGCCCCUGCUGUACAGCACAGUGUGAAUUCAAAAGGAAGACUGAUAAGUGUCGAAAUGAUUCUGACUGUGCAAAAGAAGGGAUGUGUAAUGGUGGCAGCGCUCUCUGUCCAGCAUCGGAACCUAAAGCCAACUUCACAGACUGCAACAGGCACACCCAAGUUUGCAUAAAUGGGCAAUGUGCUGGCUCUAUCUGUGAGAAGUAUGGCUUGGAGGAAUGUACAUGCGCUAGUUCAGAUGGCAAGGACGAUAGAGAAUUGUGUCAUGUCUGCUGCAUGAGAAAAAUGGACCCAGCAACUUGUGCAAGUACAGGCUCUAACCAGUGGGAGAAACACUUUGGUCGUAAAACUAUUACUUUACAACCUGGAUCUCCUUGCAAUGAUUUCAAAGGCUACUGUGAUGUGUUUAUGAGAUGUAGGCUAGUAGAUGCUGAUGGCCCUCUAGCUAGAUUAAAGAAAGCAAUUUUUAAUCCGGAGCUAUAUGAAAAUAUUGCAGAGUGGAUUGUGGCUUAUUGGUGGGCAGUGUUGCUUAUGGGAAUUGCCUUGAUCAUGUUAAUGGCUGGUUUCAUUAAGAUAUGCAGCGUUCACACUCCAAGCAGUAAUCCAAAGUUGCCUCCUCAUAAACCACUUCCAG